AUGCUCUACCGUCCAUCGUCAGCACACCUCUAUCCUUUCUCUGGAAUAUGGGAGCAGAGGUGGGGGCUAUCAGCGAAGAUCACCCUGGCGUGCGCAGCCGCUCGCAAAGAUGGCUACGACUUCAUCUGGAUCGACUCUUCCUGUAUCGAUAAGACUAGCAGAACCGAGUUGGAAGAGGCUCUCAACUCGAUGUACGCCUGGUACGGCAGUGCUCACACCUGCUAUGCCUUCCUGUCGGAUGUGCCGUCGUGGGACCGCGUAACUGCCAAAAGAUCUGCAUUCCGCGGGAGCCAAUGGUUCAAGCAGAGAUGGACGCUCCAAGAGCUCAUCACACCCCCAUGGAUCAUCUUCCUUUCCUCAGAGUGGAAGGUCUUGGGAACGAAGGAUGGGUUGGUGGACCUAAUUCACGAGAUCACGCUGAUCAGCCGCCGCAUCCUGCGACACGAAGAUUCACUAGACACGGAGAGCAUCGCGCAGCGCAUGUCGUGGGUCGCCCAACGCCGAACAACUUGA